AUAGUGUAAUGUAAUAUGUAAACAAGAAUUCGUGGUUAAUUUUUUUUUUAUGGCACAAAUUUGUGGUUAAUUCGAAUGGAUAAUGAGUGGAAGCUCAGGCUUCGUGAAUCAAUGGAAUUGACCGUUGAGGAUGUUGAAGUCUAUGUAAACUAAGCAGAUGAGUCUGAUUGAAACGGCACUAAAUUGGACGCUUUGGCCAUGACCUUAAGCAGAGAAGAGUCUUCUCCUCCACUCCGGUGGAAGUUCUCUCAGGUCUUCGGCGAAAGAUGUCCAGGCGAAGAAGUCCAAGACAUUGAUAUCGUAUCCGCAAUUGAAUUCGACAAGACUGGUGAUUAUCUUGCUGUUGGAGAUAGAGGUGGCCGCGUUGUGAUAUUUGAGAGGAAGGACGGUAAACAUACUCCAAGGCCAAGCGUUUACAGAAAUGUGUUGGAGCGGUUUGAUUCUACAGUGACACAGCAACCUGAAUAUCGAUACAAGACUGAAUUCCAGAGCCAUGAACCAGAGUUUGAUUACUUGAGUAGCACGGAGAUUGAAGAGAAGAUUAAUAAAGUAAGAUGGUGUGCAACACCCAAUGGAGCACUAUUUCUCCUUUCAACAAAUGAUAAGACAAUUAAACUAUGGAAGAUUAAGGAACAAAAGGUCAAGAAAGUACAGAAUAUGGACCCUAAUCAAGUUGUGUCUUCUGAAAAUUCUCUUUUGGCUGAAAGGAGUUUCAUGAGUGGACAAGACAAGAGGUCUGUUGGUAAUGGCUUGCAUCUCGAGUGGACAGAGAAUAUGAAUGCUGAUACUGAAGAUGCUGUUCAUACAAGAUGUCGAAAGGUGUAUGGUCAUGCUCAUGAUUUUAAUAUCAACUCAAUCUCAAUUAAUAGUGAUGGUGAAACAUUUAUGUCUGCUGACGAUCUCAGAGUAAACCUGUGGAACCUUGGAAUUGGUGAUCAAUGUUUCAACAUUAUUAAUAUAAAGCCACCAAACAUGGAGGAUCUAACUGAGAUCAUAACAUCAGCUGAGUUCCACCCAAUUCACUGUAAUUUGCUUGCUUACGGCAGCUCAAGAGGUUUUAUUCGUCUAGUCGACUUGCGGCAGUCAGCGUUAUGUGAUCACAGUGCAAGAAUAUUGCAAGAUGGUGAAUCCCGUGGAUCAAAAUCAUUUUUCACGGAGAUCAUUGCUUCCAUUUCUGAUAUAAAGUUUUCAAGGGAUGGGCAGCACAUCUUAAGUCGUGAUUACAUGAAUCUAAAGCUAUGGGAUGUUCGUUCUGGUUCUUCACCAAUUGCGGUGUUCAAGAUUCAUGAGCAUGUACAACCUAAGUUAUGUGAUUUGUAUAACAAUGACUCCAUAUUUGAUAAAUUCGAGUGCUGCAUCAGUGGAGAUGGACUUCAUUUUGCAACAGGAUCCUACAGUGAUGUUCUUCGUAUAUUCUCUCAUGGUAUUGGAAGUGAAGAAGGGAUCACCAUACAAGCUGGCAGGAAUCCAAAAAGGCCAUCUCAACAAGCUCCUCCAAGGGCCAGGAGGUCUUCCUUAAGCAAUCUAACACGUGGAUUUUACUGGCAAGCGCAUCAAAAUUCAAGCUUAUGUAACGAAGAAAUUUCAUGUGAUUCCAAACUGUCUCGUCUGGCAUGGCAUCCAACAACGAACUUGAUUGCUUGUGCUUCUACAAAUAGCUUGUUCUUGUAUUAUGUCUAGUUUCUUGUAUAUUUUGUGCGAUUUGCAGGCCUCAUUACAACAACAACAAUGCAAGUUGGAAUAUCUCCAUUAGAGAUUCAAUCUGCCCGUAGAAUUAUCGUUCGCUAUCAUUCUUGAAGAAUUUCUCAAUAACAGAACUUUUAAGUAAGCUGAAGCAACUGCAACAGAGCUGAUACUGCAAGACAAAGAUGGCUAUUGGAAGGAUACUUGGACAACUUCUGCUAUUUGCCAUGACCAGGACGAGUGCUGAGAAAGUUUCUUCUGAUUAUGAUAGAUCAAUAGCGAGUUUUUUGUUAUUUUAAUCAAUGUCGAUGUAAUUAGUGAAGUGUUUUGGCAUAAUUUAACUUUAUUAGUUCUUUGGAUGAUCUUAAUGUAAUUUGUGCAGCUGGGUGUGCUAGGUAGGGCUUAUGCUUGUGAAUCUAUUGUUGUUUAUAAAUAACUUUUUUUCUUUUGGUUCAAUAAA